AUGGCUGCUGUCACUCGUCAGCCCUUUGCUCCCCUCGACGGGGCCCGUCUCCAGACAUUGACGAGUUUGAAGAACAGACAGAAUGCUAUCACUACUGCGUCCCCUGUGAAGCGGAAGGCGUCCGAUAUCGUGGAUGCGGAUGAUUCCGAGAAUGUGAACCCAGUGCUCUUCUCUAAGCGAUCAAAGGGCGCCGACGGCUUCUCUCUGCCCAAGGACUUCAUCAAGCCGGCCUCUUUCGUCCUUACCAAGUCUGCGUCUACCAGCAACAUUGCAAGCCCGCCCAAGGCCGUCACGCCUCGUCCUCGAAGCCUGUUGCACCCAAAGUCCCCAGCUGCAAAACUCAACACCGGCAUCGCCAAGUCCUCUCCGCUCUCCGCCCCAGCCGGUCGCUCUCCGACCCGUGGCAAGCGCACCGGUCUUCUAUCUUCGCGGCGUCGCACUGCUGGGUCGUACGGUCGUAUCGACCCUCCCGUCUUCGGACUUGGUGCCUCGUCCAGCUCCUCGCCCGCCCCAUUCUCACUGGACGCUGCUCUCAAAGGCACGAUCCCAAGUUAUGUCAACCGCACUGGCUCGUCAUCUACCAGAUCAACUGGUUUGGGUGAUCUCCUAGACGCCCCGGCGAGUUCGUCCUGGGACUUCGAUAUCCAUGAGGAUACCGCAGAGCAGGAGAUGACCAAUCUGCUUCAGCACAGCACUUGUGUCUUGGACAUCAGCUCAGACGAGGAGAGCGAGAGCCGCCGGGAAAGAGAACUCGCCGAAGGCAAGGAGAACGUGCCUCCCAUGGAUGACGUUUCCCAGACGAGUCGUCCAAGGGCUGCUCGCGCAGCAGCCGACCUGGACGAUAUGAUCAUUGAGAAGCAGCGGAACCCGCUGGGCGAGAUGAACGUCAGGGACUACUACGCCGAGGGGUGUGACGAGUCGAGCAUCGUCGUCAUCCCCGGAGAUGAGGACGAAGAGCCACAACCUGCCGCGAAUGAGUUCCAGUUCGCUCCCGAGCUCAAGACUGCUGAUUCUGCGGAGACAAAAGUGCCUACUCCAGAGCUGGCGUCCGAGCCGGCGUCCGAACCGCAGCCAGACGAUGGUGCGAAGACGGUGGAUGAGUUGAUGCAAAAGACGGAAGAGCCAGCUCCAGGUGCUGCCCUUCUCCAACCCAUCGAUGGCACUGGCGACAGCUUUGAGGUCUGGGAAAGCGGGAGCGCCAAAGAUGAGACCGAGGUGGCAGUGGAUUGCUAA